AAGUUUGAGAUAAAUGCUACAGUUAUUCUUAGAAGCUCUCCAAGUCUUGCGAGGUCCUGUACAAAGACCAAUUAAUAUUUUAUGAUUUUUCAACUACUCGUUCCUUUCUCUUUCUCUCGGUUUCUCGUUUAUUCCCCAAAAUCAGACUUGGUUUCUUUUUCCUUCUUCUUUACCCGUCCCUCUUCUUCAGCCCACAACCCCUAACUUCUCCACCGGUCGCCUUCUCCAGCAGACCCGUCGUCUCCGACCUCUCGAAAGCUCUUCUUGUAUCCAUUUUCUCUGUCAAACCUUUCUUUCCCACCCAACGAGCUCAGACAAGAAGAUAAAGUGAAAGAAAAGAGAGAUGGCGUUCAGAGGGAAGGAGAUGAUGAAGAAAGUGCUUAAGAAUGUGGGAGGGGAGAAGAACUUGGCACCGGGUCUGAAGGAGUCGUUGAAGAAGUGCAUACCAGACAGCAAGGUGGUGAUGGGCCGAGCCAAGCGUGGCCUUUACGCUGGCCGCCACAUCCAGUUCGGCAAUCGCGUCAGUGAAGAUGGCGGCAACAAGUCAAGGAGAACUUGGAAGCCGAAUGUCCAGGAGAAGCGGCUCUUCAGUUACAUUUUAGACCGCCAUAUUCGAGUUAAAGUCACCACACACGCCCUCCGCUGCAUAGACAAGGCAGGUGGGAUUGACGAGUACCUGCUGAAAACUCCUUACCACAAGAUGGACACAGAAAUUGGCCUUUACUGGAAAGCUAAGAUUGAGAAGCUGUACGAAGAGCUUGGGAAAAUGGAAGUUGUCUUCUUCUCACCCGAGGAUGAAGAAAAGUUCGAACAGGGUUUUAAAGAUCUGAAACUAUCCGAGAGGGCAGCUCGUAGGGAAGCAAGAAGACAGAUGUACGGUUUGUCGGACAAACACAGGGAGAUUGAGGGAGGACAAGUGGAAGGCCAACUGACUGAUGGGGAUGCUGCAAGAACUGGGGAUAGAAGCUCGCACCACGAUUUUCCUGAGCAGUUGGUUGCAAACACUUAAGUUUGGGCUUCAGCAUCUUCGAAUGUUGUUCCCACAUUUGUUGGUUAAUGUCUCUUUCAAAAUUUGUUUCUCCAUAAUGUUUUUUUGGAAGUAAAGCAAGCAGUAUGAGGACUGAGAGGCCAAAGGCCCAAAACCAUAUAUCAUUUUCAGAUGGAAAUUAACAAAGAUGGAUAUGUGUUUUGAAGUUA